UUUUUAUAAAUUUUAUUCAUUUAAACAGUAAUUUUUCAUUUUCCACCCAUCCAAUCUCUCACAUUCCAACAGUCAAAAACCCUCUUCCCCCCACUCCCUACAAAUGUAAAUUUAGCAUAGGAGAAAAGCAUAGCCAAUUUUGCACACUCAUCACUAGGCUUCGCUUUCUUCUAUGCCCACAAAAUUCAUCGGCUCAUAUUUAAUGUCCCCUCUAACUAUACUUUUCUUUUCUCUUCCCCCCGAAUGCUUCCCUUUAAAAAUGGCUUGUUUAUCCCUCUUAGAAGAGUGGGCAGAAUUUUUUUCUCUCUCAUCAAAAAAACAGUUUGCCCUAUCUUACAAAGGAAAUAAAUUUUUGUACUGCCCAGAUGUGCCCACUCUCCCACUCAUUCUUACAAUUUCUGUUCUCCUUUUAUUAAAAUAAACAUUCUCCAUUUUUUUACAAUAAUAAAACAUUUUUCUUCCCUUUUUUCAAUCUUAAGGGUUAUUCAUUUUUUACACUUCUCC